CAAAACAUCCCAGUCCGCAGCAAGCAGUAGCAAAAGUGGCAAUGACCCGGAAAAGGAAGCACUCGCAAUGGAGGCUGAGGUUCGAGCGUCCAGAGAACGAGCCCUGGUGCCACUUGAUGUUCGCAUGAAGUCUUUCAAAGAAAUGCUGAAAGAAAAAGAGGUGUCCGCGUUCAGCACUUGGGAGAAAGAACUGCACAAAAUUGUGUUCGAUCCACGUUAUCUGCUGUUGACGUCCAAGGAACGGAAGCAAGUUUUCGAGAAAUACGUCAAAGAUCGGGCCGAGGAGGAGCGCAAGGAGAAAAAGAAUAAGAUGAAACAGAAGCGGGAGGAGUUUCGAUCGUUGCUGGAGGCCGCAAAUUUGCACGGAAAAUCGUCGUUCAGUGAAUUUGCCCAGAAGUAUGGCAAAGAUGAUCGCUUCAAGGUGAUCGAAAAAAUACGUGAACGGGAAAGCCUCUUCAACGAGUUCAUCGUUGAAGUUCGCAAGCGCGAAAAGGAGGACAAGCAGAAUCGGAAGGAACAGCAGGUAAUCGUACUACUACCACUACUACUAGAGAUCCUAUCGCAAGAGCUGCCGCAGCCUGCCGGUGUCACCACUCUGCGGGCGUAUCACCGGCGGUCAAAGUUCCCUUUUGUCUGUGUUGCUGAAAUCGACGGCGUUGCUGUUCGGAAGUGAUGGACACAAUCCAAUCGCGCUGCCGUGAAGGAUGGUGGAUUUCAAUGGUACUAUUCGAACAUUGUCUUGUCUUUAACUCGAGAUUCCCAGAUAUGGAAAAAGGGAUCUUGGUAUCUGUACCAAACGCGCCGCUGGUGGGCACUUGGGAUCUGGCACGUGGCGUUGAAGGUGCGCAAGUUGAAGUCAACCUAUGGACUGAUGGAUGGACGAUCUACGGUGCAAAUUCCAAGUGCCCAUUUGGCUGUCGCCUUUGUACAGUUUGUAAUCUCUAAGUAUUCCAAUUGUUCCGUUGCUAUUGAAAUAACAGACGUUUUUUUCAGGUCACAUUCCUAAUGAUUUUACAAAGUUUU